ACUGCUGUCGGCAGAGACACAAACGGCUGUUGAAGAAGUGAAAGAUAACAAUAAUAUUCAUGGUAUUACUUUAUAUCUCAUAAGAGGAGUUUGGCCGCCUCUCUCUCUCUUUAAGAAAUGGCGCAACCAUCUCAACAGUUCAGGUUACAGCAGCAGCAGAGCUACAGUGAAUUCACGCCGCACUGUCCGUCUGCACCGCUGUUCUGUUUCAGGGUCUCACAAGGACACUGAGGCACUGAUCAGGUGGCGCAUGGCCCACGGCUAUUUAUUCUCAGGCUGGAGGAACACAUGCAGAAAUGGCUGGGAGCUAUUCAUACAAGAGACAAAAUCCAACCUGGACGGAAAUAUUACUUCUCAAAGAGCAAAACGAAAGUGGGAGAAUUUAAAAUGCAAAUACAAGGUUUUAAAAGCUCUCGCGAGGGACGUUGAAACAGUUAAACCAGAAUCCUGGCGGUGGUUCAGACUCAUGGAGAAGGCCGUAGAUGGUGAUCCUACUGACGCCGACCCUCCUAAACCGACCUUACUGACCAACCUGGCCGAUGAGUCCGAAUGCGCAGCCCAGCCCAGCAAGAAGAUGUAUCAAGUAGAAAUGGGGAGUGAUAUUCUGGAAUUACUGACACAUUCAGUAAUCGAGGUCAACACUCAAACCACAGUAGCUGAUGGAGGACCCUCAUCAGAUACAGCAGAAAGCGUGAGAGGGAGACCGAUGGAAAAAAGCCCUCCAGAGACUCAAGAUGAGCUGCACUUCGAAAGAGCCAAACUCAGACGAGAACGACAGCUGCUGGAGAAGGAGCACGCAGACCUGGAACGAGAGCGAGUGCUGCUGGAGCGCGAGAAGGCCGUUGCAGAGAGGGAGAAAACGGCGUUGGAAAGAGACAGAGCACAGCUGGAAAAAGACAGAGCUGCGAUUGACCGGGAAAGAGCCUCGCUGGAACAGGACAGAGCAAGACUGGAGCGGGACAGAGCGGCCCUUGAAAGAGACAGAGAGACUUUCACCGCCAUGGCUAAAGGGACAAACGGCACAAGACACACUCAACCAGACUCAUAUGCCGAGGACAGAAAAAGAUUAAUAUUUUUGUUCGAAAAACUUAUCGAGAGAUUUUGAAAUGACUGAAAACUGUCAGUGUUGCUUGUUCUGAGGGUAUUUAUAAUAUUAACGUACUUAAAUGAAAGCGUUUCAAGGUUAAGUUGCCCCUCUCAAGACACAUUUCUGAGGAGAGGAAAUAUGUUCAGAGCUUUAGAGUUCAUUGUAGUUCAGUACAAUACAUUAUUCAUGUUAAGUUUAUUCGCCCUUAUUUUCAGGUCCUUGGAUGCAUAGUGAUUAAAGUUAUUGUUUUAGUC